AUGCCACAGGGUGAUCGGAUCCACAUCACGACUUGGAGCCGAGAUUUCAAAGAUUGGAUUGAACAAGUCAAAGAGCAUGAAACAUAUUCCCUUUAUAAUGGAGAGCCUAUUCUGAAUGAUGGACCUUUCAAAGUUUGUCCUAACCCACUCAAACUUGUAUUCAAUGGAGGGACUACUAUGACAAUUAUGGCGAUUUCAGAAAUACCGACUCAUAAGUACAACUUUCACCCUAUUGAAAAGUUUCUCAAAGGAAGCUACAAACCUGACAUGUUAUACGUACCCUUUGCAGAUGUCAUUGGGGUUUUACAGGAUGUGUUAUGGGAUGAUUACUGCAAACAGUUUAUGAACUACAAUACCCCUGGAAAGAUGGUUGGUCCUACUAUUACCGUCUUGACACAUGCAUGGUGCAAAACAAACACAGUUUCUGGAGCACCAAGUCUCUCAAAUGCAUGGAAUGGCUCUAGACUUCUCUUGAACUUGGACCAUCCCCAGGUUGAUGAAUUCAAAGAAAGCUUUGGAGAAAAUGAAUUGUCCAAUGUACCUGCGCUUUCGCUGUCAUUAACUUGUGAAUCGUCCCUUCAAACUUCUAACAAAUGUUGGACCAGCCUCAAUGAAGUCAAAAGUAUCCGUGCAAUCUAUGAAGGACGAAAGGACUGUUUUGCAACCACCAUUGGCACGACCAAACGUUUCAGAGCUUCCAAGUUUGGAUGGUAUUUUGAGUCAUGCCCUGGCUGCAAAGCUUCUAACAAGUCACAAGGUGAAAAUUUUGAAUGUCCAUGCGGAAUUACCAAUGUCGAACCCGCAACCAAAUUCUAA